AUGUACAUGUUCUCCAAAACAAUCUUCACCGUUCUGUUCUUAGCAAGAACGACCUUAAGUUCUGGCGUAUUUCGUUACGAUCCCGAAGCUCUAUGUGGAAGCCCCAUGUACUUCUUAUAUCUGGACAGCGAAGUUCAGUGCCUUAGAGCUUGCUAUGAAGAAAGCGAGUGUGCAGUCGUACAGUACAAUGAAACCGAUGAUGGCUACUGCAGGUUGUACAGAAGCGGCAAGACAGACCGCAAAGUCCAGGGAUACGUGCUCUUCCGCGAAGAAACUGAUUCGUCGUGCAUGUCAGAGAUAACCACCGGCGAAUUAUCAUUUCAGAAAAUACCACGUCAAGAAAGUGCUAUUACGGUGGAAUGCAGUAUGACCCACGAUGUUGCUGUUAUCCAGCCCUAUGAACGUAAUGAGAAAUACCGUUUCUUCCUACUUGAACCAGCUAACCCUCAACUUACUAUGCAAGCUAGGGGACCCAGGCUUUUCUUCUCCAAACCAGAGAAAUUUUGUACCGCCGUACCAGUAUUUCACAGAGCAAAUUCCCAUCGCCUAUAUUUUGGAAGAAUCUACAAUGCCACUGGCUACUUCUUCUACAACGCGUACGCCUUCACGGACUACUGCGUUUCUGCGCAGGGUGAAUGUUUGGGUGUGCAGGAGAUCCAAGAAUAUGUGGACGGACAUGGCAAUUUUUUUUACGAUGAGCCUAAAAGAGAGAAUAUGACAGACUCUGGCCUGGAACAAACGUUCUACAUUGUAGGCAUCAAACAUUAG